AUGUCGUCCGUCUUCAUGAAUAAGAUAGCAAUCGCUACUCGAAGUAGCAAUAGGAGUCGAGUCUUCGGGCAGAAGGCGAGAACGAUAAUGUCCUUUACGCUCAACACAGGCGCAAAGAUACCUGCCAUAGGGUUCGGCACUUUCCAAGACCCAGAUGCCCAAGAAGAUGCAGUAUGCCAAGCACUUCAAAAAGGACUACGUCUCAUCGAUACUGCCAGAGUUUAUGAUGUCGAGAAGCAAGUCGGGAGAGGUGUGAAGAAAACCGGUGUCAAGAGAGAAGAUAUCUUCAUAGCAACGAAGCUAUGGUGCAACGACUACCAUCCCGAAACUGUCUCCCGAGCGCUUGAAGAUUCUCUGAGCGACCUGGACACGCCUUAUGUAGAUCUAUUGCUCAUGCAUUAUCCAUGCACUUUUGCCAGCGGCGCCGACCGAUUCCCGCGAGACGCCAGUGGCAAGAUGAUUCAUGGUAAGACUGAUUAUGUCGAUACAUGGCGAGCGCUGGAGAGACUCGUUGGCGAAGGCAGGGUACGAGCGAUUGGCGUCUCAAACUUCAGCAAAGGCGAGGUGCAACGACUUCUCGAUGAGACUUCUGUCGUUAGUCACAGAAAGAUCCCAGCCGUACACCAGAUGGAAGUCCACCCCUACCUCCAGCAACAAACCUUCAGCGACUGGCAUCGGAGAUUGGGAAUCCAUAUCAUCCAAUUCAGUCCUUUGGGAAACAUGAACGACUUCUACCGCCAAACUGGCUGGAGCAAGGAGAUCUCGCACAUGAUGCGGGUCAUCGAUCAGCCCGUGCUGAAGUCCAUUGGCGAGAAGUACGGUAAGAGUCCUGUCCAAGUCGUGCUCGCUUGGGGCGUGAACCAUGGACGGUCCGUUAUCCCGAAAAGUGUUGUCGAUUGGCAGAUCGAUGAGAAUGUUGCUGCAGAUUUCGAGUUGGAGAGGGAGGACAUGGAGAUAAUCUCGGAGUUGGACGCGAAGGCCAGAUGUGUGUACCGUGAUAUACAGGGUGCAGUGUGUCUACUAAUGUAA